AUGGCAUCAUACAGGUCAAAGUCUCCAUCGACCCCUUCUGAGGGUGAGAUCAUCGAAUCAGGUUCGGAGAUGAAGGCAACUACGUCAAAAACUUCUCUUAAUGGCACCAGCGUUGACCGUCAAACCAGAGUCAGUACCUCUUCGGCGCCCAGGUCCCGAUCACCAGCAUCCCUGAGUACUAGUCGAUCGCCACGCCGGCGAAGAUCCAGAUCCAAAACGUCGCGAUCAUCGAGAAGUCGUUCCCGCUCCCCUUAUCGAAGCUACAGAGGAAAUAAGCGCAGGCGGGAGGAUGAUUAUUAUGACGACAGACGAUACUAUCGGCAGGAACCGCCGCCGCUACCGCGACAGCGCGCAGAACAGAGGUACGAUGACAGAUAUCAUAGGCGAUCUAACUCCUACUACGAUUAUGAUCGGGAAGAAGGGUACGGUGGUGGUCUGAAAUACACGGAUGACUACGACCGUCGUGAAGAGAAGCGGCACCGGAGUCGAUCCCCGUACCGCGAUUCGUACCACGAGGUUAGGAGACCCAAGCAAUAUUCCGGUGAUGAGUGGAAUGGGAGCACAGGCCCGCGAGGCUUCAAAGAACAAAGGCCAUCUACUGAACAGUUAGUGAGCGAACGAGGAAGCGUUCGAUUCGUCGCUCAGACCUCUAAACAAGAUGCUGAAUUUCGGGAGAACCAGGAACAGCAACCUGCCGAGGCAGUCGACGAAGCAGCUCAACUGGAAGCCCGCCGGAAGCGACGUGAAGCCAUCAGAGCGAAAUACAAGAGUCAGGCUACGCCUUUACACCUGCAGGCAGUCCACGCUGGGGACUCCGACUCUUCGACACCAGGCGCAGAUUCAAACCGUGCCAGUGCAAGCCAGACUGCAUCGGUUUCUCCUCAGUUAACCCCCGUCCAAACGCCCGGUGAAAACACGGCAGAUCCGUUCCCGGAUUUCGAGGUUGGCAAAGAUGCUGAUUUGAUUAACGACACUGCACCUGUAGAUGGCGCUGAAAAGGACGAACCAUCGGCAGCAGACUAUGACCCGACCCUUGAUAUGAAAGAAGAUCGAGAGAAACAAGGUCCUAGUCAGGAAACCUCAUCAGCCGCGUAUGACGAGACGCAGCCUGACAAGCGGGAUAUUCUGAUGCCUGAUGCGACUGAGAAACCGCCUGCGCCGGCGAAGACGAAAGAUCCCUACGAUAUGUUUGCGGAGGAUGACGAUGAUAUGUUUUCCGAGGAAACGCAGGAACCAACAGAUUCGGCGCAUGCAGCGGCUGUACCUCAACCGCGGGAGCUAGACAUCAGCAUGAUGGACAAUUGGGACGACCCCGAAGGGUAUUACAAUGUCCGACUUGGUGAGCUAAUCAAUGGCCGGUAUCAUGUGCAGCAGAAUUUGGGCAAGGGGAUGUUUUCGUCUGUUGUGCGAGCUACAGAUUCCAAAACGGGCGGACUGGUUGCGGUCAAGAUCAUUCGACAGAAUGAUACGAUGAAGAAGGCGGGUAUGAAAGAGAUCGGCAUUCUGGAACAGCUGAUGGAGGCGGACCCUGAAGACAAGAAGCACAUGAUCAAGUUCGUGCGGUACUUUGACCACAAAGGCCAUCUGUGCAUGGUGUUUGAAAAUCUCAGCAUGAACCUGCGAGAGGUAUUGAAGAAGUUUGGACGAGAUGUGGGCCUCAAUCUCCGAGCCAUCCGGGCGUAUGCGCACCAGAUCUUCCUUGGGCUGAGCCUGAUGCGCAAGUGCAACAUUCUGCAUGCGGAUCUGAAACCGGACAAUCUCCUGGUGAAUGAGCAACGCAAUGUCCUCAAAGUGUGCGACCUGGGAUCGGCGUCGCCGGUGUCCGACAACGAAAUCACACCGUACCUGGUCAGCCGAUUCUAUCGGGCGCCGGAGGUUAUCCUCGGGAUCCCCUACGACUACGGGAUCGACAUGUGGUCGAUUGGCUGUACGCUCUUUGAGCUGUACACGGGCAAAAUUCUGUUUACGGGCCGAAACAACAAUCAAAUGCUACGGUCAAUUAUGGAAUGCCGUGGCAAAUACCCGCCGAAGUUGCUGCGACGGGGCACCCUGGCGCACCUGCACUUUGACGACAUGCUCAAUUUCCGGAGCACGGAAGAGGACAAGGUGACGGGGCGAAUUGUGACGCGGGUGCUAGACUUCAAGAAGCCGACGCGGGAUCUAAAGACGAGGUUAAUGGGUCAUGACACGAGGCUGAGUGACGGGGAGGCGAAGGAAUUGAAUCUGUUUGUGGAUCUGUUGGAGCGGUGCCUGAGCCUGAAUCCGGAGAAACGGUGCACACCGACGGAGGCGUUGCGACAUCCGUUUAUUUUGCGGCCUAAGAAUUGA